AUGGAUGUUAAAUCAAAUGUUACAUAUUUAAUACUUGGUGGGUUUGUAGACAUGAAUAAGUACAGGUAUGUUUAUUUUUUCAUCUUGUUCAUGGUGUAUGUUCUGAUAAUGUGCAGUAAUUUUAUUAUUGUUUAUCUUAUUUUGAUUCACAAAGACCUCCAUGAACCUAUGUAUGUUUUCAUUGCAGCUUUGUCAUUCAACUCUGUUCUUUUCAGCUCCGCUGUCUACCCCAAAUUACUGAUUGACUUUCUAUCAGACAAACAGAUCAUAUCUUUGCCAGCCUGUAUCUUUCAAUAUUUGAUGUAUUACUCCUUGGUGUCUUCAGAUUUCUUAUUGUUGGCAGCCAUGGCCUUUGACAGAUAUGUGUCUAUAUGUAAACCUCUGCAGUAUCCUACUAUCAUGAGGAAAAGUACUGUGAGUAUUUUGCUUUUUGUUGCUUGGCUUUGGCCUCUUGCUCAAAUGGCAGGAGCUGCACUGGGUGGUUUUAAGAAACUCUGUACUUUUAGUUUGACAGGAAUUUUUUGUAACAAUUCCAUCUUGAAACUUAACUGUGUCCGUUCAGCAGCACUUGCAAUAUUUGGUUUGUUUUGUUUGAUUAACUUUGCAGUUAUGCCAGUGCUUUUUGUACUUUUUACAUAUGCAAAAAUAUUUAUAAUAACCUAUAAUAGAGGUAGAGAAGUCAGGAAAAAGGCUGCAGAGACAUGUUUACCCCACCUGAUGGUUUUAUUCAGCUUCUCUUGUGUGUGUGCAUAUGAUGUGAUUAUAGCUCGACUGGAAUUAAAUUUUUCCAAAACAGUACGUUUAGUAAUGAGUUUACAAAUGCUACUGUAUAAUCCUCUGUUCAAUCCGAUAAUUUAUGGAUUGAAAAUGAAAGAAAUUUUAAAACACCUCAAGAAUUUGUUUUGUCAAAUCACACAAAAAUAA